CACAGGUACAGGUGUCAAUAGAUCGCCGUUUUGAAGUUAUUCUGGUCAAUAAAUUUUUAUGCCGUGGUAAUGAAUGGGAACUAAUUCAAGGAGGAUUGUUAAACAUAUUAUUAUCAUUCGUAAAGUAUUGUAGGUACAUAAAUGACAAUACAAACAGGAAAUACAAUGAACAUUCAUAAAAUUGUUUCACCACGACUAUUUAAUGUUUUAUUAAUUCGUGUUCUGGGAAAAAUGUCUCUAAACAAUAUUUCAGGGACAAGUGCUUUAUAUAAUAUGAUGAAAGGAUUUCAACUUUUGCGAGCUGGGUUUGUGUUAUCAUGGCCUUCAAUUAUUAAACAUAGUACAAACCCAGAUAAGAUUACAAAUGUAUCAACUAUAUUAGACACUGCUGAUGGGAUAUUUGAAAUGGGCAGAUAUGAAGAAUGUUAUAACAUUCUCAUCAACUCUAAGAAUGAAAAAGAUAUAGAAGUCAAAUGGCGUCUUUGUCGUGCUUUGUACAAUAUGGCAAAAGAUUCAAAAUAUGAUGAACAGUAUAGAAAGGACAUAAUAUUUCAAGCAUUUGAAAUAAUAGCCCCUGAAUUGGAACAGAAUUGGGACCACUUUGCUGUCCAUAAAUGGUAUGCUUUAACUUUAGAUGCAAAAAGUUCAAACAUUGGUAUAAGAGAGAAAAUAAAACAACUUGAGAAUGUUAAAAAACACAUGGAUUUGGCAGUUACAUUGAACCCAAAUGAUGCCAGUCUAUUGCAUAUGCUAGGAGAAUGGUCAUUUCAAGUUACUGAAUUACCAUGGCAUCAACGAAAAACUAUUGAAACUUUAAUUGCUAGGAUACCUUACUCCACAUAUGAAGAUGCACUUGAAUAUUUUUUAAGAGCAGAGGCAGCACAGCCCCGUUUUUACAGCAUGAAUUUACUUAGAAUUGGAUAUUGCUAUUUAAAGCUUAACAAAUGUGACCAAGCAAAGUAUUAUCUUAAACUAGCUGCAAGUUAUCCUGCAAAAUCAAAUAAUGACCAUCAAGCUAAUAAAGAAGCAGUGGAGUUAUUACGAACAUUAAAAUAAUAAUAACACUAAAUUAAAAUAA